CGCCAGAGCCAUUGAUGUAGUUGGUUCCGGUGAAUUUCAUGGAUGGUACCAAUCAUUUACAACGCAGAUGAAGCUGGAGGGUUUCCAAACUUCACGUCAGAAGCAGGAUCUCCUUUCUUUUUUAGGCUCCCCAUCCCUGCAGGACACACACAGCUAUCCCUGGCUGAUGGAGACAGCACUCUGCCUCACUGGAUAGUAUUUAGGCAACAGACCAGCAGUCUUGCUGGCUUGGCCUUGACUGAGGAUUGUGGAAUAUAUCACCUUGAAGUGUCCAUCACUGGUGAGAGGUGCACGGCCCACUUUUAUCUGCACAUCCUGAACAGAACAGUGACUGACAAGAAUCCACAACGGGAUAGUUUGUCCUGCUCUGGAGGACAGAUGACCACCUGGGCGACCCUUCUCCUCCAGCUCAACCCUACGACUCUUGACGCCAACCAGCGCAUCCAUCUGGUCAGCACCAUGGCCGACUACCUGCGCCUGCUGCUCAGCUUUGUCUCUCUAUUUUCACAAAGAAAACCCUUCACACUAAAGCAAGACAAGCUCAGAGUUUGUAGACAAGGCGGGCUUGCUGAGAAACGAGAUGCUAUAGGAGAUGUUGCUGAGAUUGUGUGGCCCGUCGGUUGUCAAGAAGAGGAACGACAAGUUGAUGUAGCUAAAGUCCUGGAACACACUGGUCACAACAGGCUGAACUUGGAAACUUUCACAACACCACACAGUAUUUACCCCUCACUGCCACUGACCCGGGCCUCUCACAGCGUCACCUCCACGCUGACACACGAAGCCGCCGACAGAGAUUCGCUCGCCACUCGUCUGACCCUGCGACCUCCCCAGAAGGAAACCCCCUUCUGGACCGAAUCCUGGACAGCCGACCGCACUGAGUCAGAGAGUCAGUCCUCAGUCACACUGUCCAUAACGAAGGGCCUUUUAAAGACCACAGCGUUGCCAAACCAGCGCCCCCUCAACUCUCAUCUGUUUCCCAUCCACUUUGUACGGAGAGUUACGAUGCCCUCCUGCUGA